AACCUUUCUAGGAGAGAAGUAGGUUCCUCUUUCCCUUUGAGGACUAUGCGAAUUUCAAUCGGGGAAUAAACUCGUGCUUCGAUAUUAAUGUUAGAAUUGCACGUCACAAUUUUUUUUUCAUUUGUUCGGUGAAAAGAAAAAUCAUUAUUUUUUGGAAUAAAAAAAUUCCGAAUUCUGAUUUGGGAGUUGACAUUUCUUUGGAAAGACACUGAAAAAAAGUUCUUGCCGUUUUAUGAUGUAAUAACGUGAUCACGUGCUCGAAGACAUGUCUUAAAGUUCAUGAAUAAGACAUGAGCAAAGAUUUUCUAAUUAGAAUUCUUCUUAUUGCUGUUGUUCAAAUGAUACUUUAUACAUCUAUUAAAGCUAAAAUAGAUUUUAAACCUCACAUACCUCUUAAGAUCAACAUGUUGCAUGUUCCCACACCUGUUCUAAUUGGUGAUAGCGUACUUUUGAAAUGUGUCUUUGAGUUGGGCAACGAAACUCUGUAUGCAGUUAAAUGGUAUAAGAAUAUGGGAGAAUUUUACAGAUACGUUCCAGCUGCCGAUCCCCCUCUCAAAACUCUUUCCCAAUCUGGAAUUGAAGUUGAUAUGUCCAAAUCUGAUGAAAGCACCGUUUUUCUUAGAAACUUAAGUCUUGAAAGUUAUGGAAAUUAUACCUGCCAAGUGUCAACUGACAAACCAUUUUUUAGAUGUGUUCAAACAACAAAACAUUUAGAAGUAGUUGUUCCACCAUCCGAUGGACCUGUGCUGAUGGAGGAAAAAUCUGAUUAUGAGCUAGGUGAUAAUGUUUCUAUUUUAUGCAAUUCUGGAAAAUCAAAGCCCGCACCAGAGUUGAGGUGGUACAUCAAUGACGAACUGGCUCCAUCAAAACUCGAUGAUCAAGAAACGGUUGUCUAUUCUGAUCAACUGGAGAGUACAAGCCUUGCCCUGCGGUUCCGAUUAAAACCAGAUGUCUUGCAUAAUGGGAAAGUAAUAUUAAAAUGUGUAGCUACUAUUAAUCAUAUAACAUCAGCCACCACAAAAGAAAUUAGAGCAUCUGGUCAACCUCAUAUUGAUUGUACUUCCUGGCUAACUUUGGUUACAUUCACCAUAGGAUUCAUUUUACAAGAAUUACUUUUCUCAGGAAACUUUUUCCAAUGAAAAAAUAUCUGUUUAGUGUUGAUUGUACAUAAAUUUACCAUUUAAAAUGAAUGUAUGGAUUAUAUUUGCUACAAAUUACUUUUAUAUCUCACAUUUCUAUGAAAUACAUAAUCAGGUUAGGAAAUUUUAUCAAAAUUAAACGUUAAAAAAGCAACAUUCUUUUACACUUGAUUUCAACAGAACCUCCAACUUUUGAUGUUUCAAAGUAAAAAUUUAUCUAAAUAAAAAGUCAUUGUAAUAUUUGUCGUCCUUGUAAUAAGCAAUUUCAUUAAAAUAUCUGUUGUUUUGUU